AUGGACCGCAACGCAAUCAUCGAGGCGUCCAAGAAGCACGACAUCGUGCCCGGCAAGCCCUACAAGUAUGGCACCGCCGGCUUCCGUAUGGCCGCCGACCUCCUCGAGGGUGUCACAUUCAGGGUAGGCCUUCUGUCCGCGCUUCGCACCCGCAAGCUCGGCGGCCAGGCCAUCGGUGUUAUGGUCACCGCCAGCCACAACCCGGCCAAGGACAACGGCGUCAAGAUCGUCGACCCCAUGGGAGACAUGUUGGAGCAGGAAUGGGAGGUCUUCGCUACCGACCUCGUCAACUGCUCGAGCCACGAGGUUCUCGCCGACACCUUCUUCAAGCUGGCCGAUCAGCUCAAGGUCGACCUCUCCUCGUCGGGCAAGGUCAUCGCCGGCCGAGACACACGCCCCUCGGGCAUCACCCUUGUCCAGGCCUUGUCCGACGCCUGCGCGGCCACGAACACCGCAUAUGUCGACUACAAGAUCCUGACGACCCCCCAACUUCACUACCUCACCCGCUGCGUCAACACCGAGGGCCUGCCCAGCUCAUACGGCGAGACGAGCGAGGCUGGCUACUACAAGAAACUCAACAGCGCCUUUGAGCGCGCCAUGCGAGGCAAGAGGAUCUCGGGCAGCGUCACAGUCGAUUGUGCCAACGGCGUUGGUGGCCCGAAGCUGAACGAGCUUCUCAAGAUCGUCGACCCCUCCAAGACCGGUAUCGACUGCAAGGUUGUCAACGACGACGUCCUCAAGCCCGAGAUCUUGAACCUCGACUGCGGUGCCGACUUUGUCAAGACCCGCCAGAGGGCACCGCCGAACCCCAAGCCCCAGCCGGGCGACCGCUGGUGCUCCCUGGACGGUGACGCCGAUCGUCUGAUCUACUACUGGGUGGACCCCGAUACGAGCAGCUUCUUCAUGUUCGACGGCGACCGUAUUGCGACUCUCGCUGCCUCCUUCAUCGCCGACCUCUUCCGUGCCGCUGGCCUUGAGGGUGAGCUUCGCAUCGGAGUCGUCCAGACUGCCUACGCCAACGGUGCCAGCACCAAGUAUAUCGAGAAGCACCUGCAGCUGCCUGUCGUCUGCACACCCACGGGUGUCAAGCAUCUCCACCACGCUGCCUGCAACUUUGACAUCGGUGUGUAUUUCGAGGCCAACGGCCACGGCACCGUCCUCUUCUCCCCCGAUGCCAUGCAGCUCUUCGCCAAGAAGGCGCCUCAGUCCCCUGCCCAGAAGGACGCCCUCGAGACCCUGCAAGCUCUGGGAGAGCUCAUCAACCAGACGGUCGGCGACGCCAUCUCGGACAUGCUGAUGGUGGAGGUGAUCCUCGCCCACAAGGGCUGGGGCCUCAAGGACUGGGCCAUGACGUACCAGGACCUGCCCAACCGCCUGGUGCGCGUCGAGGUCGGCGACAAGGACCUGUUUCAGACCACGGACGCCGAGCGCAAGCUCAGCCACCCGGCCGGCGCCCAGGACGAGAUCGACCAGACGGUCAAGAAGUACACCAACGCGCGCUCCUUCGCGCGGGCCUCGGGCACUGAGAACGCCUGCCGCGUCUACGCCGAGGCUGCCACCCGCUCCGAGGCCGACGACCUCGCCAACAAGGUAGCCCUCAUCGUGAAGCAGUACGGCGGCGGAGCGUAG